AUGUGCGGUACCGACAGCAACGAGACCAGUGGCCAAGCGCCCACCAACACCUCACACCCGGCCCAGAAUCACAAUCCUACAUCAUCACCCUAUGCUCAGAUGCAGGACUACAUCUCCAAUGUCAACCGCUACAAGAUUAUCGAGAGCACCUUGAGAGAAGGCGAACAAUUCGCCAAUGCCUUCUUCACCACGGAGAACAAGAUCCAAAUUGCGAAGAUGCUUGACAAGUUUGGCGUUGACUACAUUGAGUUGACGAAUGUUUGCUCAAGCCCCCAGUCGUUCGAGGACUGCAAGAUUAUUUGCGGACUUGGACUUAAGACUAAGAUCCUCACACACGUGAGAUGUUCUAUGGAUGAUGCAAAGAAAGCUAUUGAGGCUGGAGUGGACGGUGUAGAUCUCGUCAUCGGUACAUCGUCCUAUUUGCAGCAAUAUUCGCAUGGCAAAAGCAUUGAAAUGAUCACGAAGACUGCAAUUGAGGUCAUCGAAUAUGUUAAGAGCCAAGGAGUGGAAGUUCGCUUCUCCUCCGAGGACUCCUUCCGUUCCGACCUCGUCGACCUACUUACCCUCUAUAAGGCUGUUGAUAAGGCCGGAGUCCACCGAGUGGGUGUCGCAGACACAGUUGGAGGAGCCACUCCUCGUAUGGUUUACCAGCUCAUCUCGACAUUGCGCUCAGUGGUAGGAUGCGAUAUCGAGACCCAUUUCCAUGAUGACACUGGUUGCGCCGUUGGAAAUGCGAUUAGCGCAUUAGAGGGUGGUGCGACACACGUCGAUACCUCAGUGCUUGGAAUCGGAGAACGGAAUGGCAUUACGAGCCUUGGAGCCCUGAUGGCUCGCAUGGUCGUUUCGGCACCUGAGUACACCAAGUCCAAGUACAACCUCACAAUGCUUAAGGAGAUCGAGGAGUACGUCGCAUCAUGCGUCCAAGUGAACAUUCCCUUCAACAACCCCAUCACCGGAGCCACAGCCUUCACGCACAAGGCAGGAAUCCACGCCAAGGCUAUUCUGGCAAACCCUUCGACAUACGAGAUCAUUGACCCUGCGCUGUUCGGCCUGUCUCGUUACAUCUCGAUCACCUCUCGUAUUACAGGCUGGAACGCGGUCAAGUCCCGCGUGAUCCAACUCGGAUAUGACAUUUCGGACGACCACAUCAAGACCAUUACCGCCAAGAUCAAGCAGAUGGGUGACAUUCGUCCCUUGGCUAUCGACGACACGGACUCAAUUAUCCACGCCUACAACGUGCAGCUUCGGGAGCAGGCCGCUGCCCAAGCGGAGUAG